AUGCGGAUCUUUGGAAAGCGAAGCACACCGAAGAAGAAGUCGACCUUGGAUGGCAGUCUGUUCGAGACUCAGGGGACUCAGAUUACGAAGACCGUGGACACAAGGAUAACGUCGGCCCAAUUGGAUGACGAGGUGCGCCUUGUGGAGCUGCAGACGAACGGCAAGCAUUUGGCACCGAGCGCAUGA